GGGUUUUGGAGGAGGAAGUGAAAGGGGAAGAGGAGAUUCAAGAGGGGAGCAUAUAUUUAGCUUGCUGGUCGGCUAGCCCUCCGACAAAAGUGCCAAAUUUGCCAAGUGAGGAUUAGUUACCUUUUUCGUUUCUGAUACAUUUUGGUUUUUUUGUUGCCAAAAAGAGUUAGUUCUGUCACAACAACGACAUCGAGUUUGGCAAAGAUUUAGGUGCCGGUGAGCUCGCUGACGUAGCGCCUAGUUAGCUGUCAGUGAACAACAAUAGCUAGCUCGUUAGCCAGCACAUCCCAGCCGGUAAGAGGACAAAUUCCGCGUAACAAACAAAAACUCUUUGAAGAAUGACCUCCAGGAAGAAAGUUCUCUUGAAAGUCAUCAUCCUUGGAGAUUCUGGCGUUGGAAAGACGUCACUCAUGAACCAGUAUGUGAACAAAAAGUUCAGUAACCAGUACAAAGCUACAAUAGGCGCCGACUUUCUGACCAAGGAGGUGAUGGUGGAUGACCGGCUCGUUACCAUGCAGAUCUGGGACACGGCAGGCCAGGAGAGGUUCCAGUCGUUGGGCGUGGCAUUCUACCGCGGAGCAGACUGCUGCGUGUUGGUGUUUGACGUGACUGCACCCAACACCUUCAAAACUCUGGACAGCUGGAGAGAUGAGUUCCUGAUCCAGGCCAGCCCUCGAGACCCCGAGAACUUCCCAUUUGUGGUGCUUGGCAAUAAGAUCGACUUGGAGAACAGACAGGUAACCACCAAAAGGGCUCAGGCUUGGUGCCAGAGUAAGAACAACAUUCCCUACUUUGAGACCAGCGCCAAAGAAGCCAUCAACGUAGAGCAGGCUUUCCAGACUAUUGCACGCAACGCCCUCAAACAGGAGAGCGAGGUGGAGCCGUAUAACGACUUCCCCGAGCCCAUAAAAUUGGACCGGAACGACAGACCGAAGUCGCCCGGCGGCGGUGGCUGCUGCUGAGGGACGACCCGGAACAUCUCCUCUUGGCUUUCGGCGGAUGAGUCACACCUGCACCUCGCUCCCAGGGAACACCCGUUCCCUGCAAGUCUUCCUCCUUCAUUUCAUCCUCCUCACGCAAUAAGAAGCCACUCACGGAUGUACCGCCUCCCCUCUCUCACGUGAAAUCAAACAUAUUCUGAUAAACUUGGUGUCCGAAGAGCACACAGGAGGAGAACAGCCCCC